UUUGACGAUACGAUCGUACAACUUCUUGCCGCAAGGGGGACAGUGUUGUCCACGUAAAAAUGGCGCAGGUAGAACGUAGGAAGAACCGCAAGAAGCGAGAAAAAGAUGCUGAGCUGGCAGUGGGCGAGAAGCCGGCUAAGGUGGAGUACGAUGUGGCUCGCUACCUCAGGGAAAAACUGCCCAUCAAGAAGACCACCCUGCUGAGUCACAAAGUCGAGUACUUCAAUGCUGCCAAAGCUGUGGACUGCCUUCUGGAGUCUCCGUGGGCCACAGGGAAGCCCAAGGUGGAACAGCUGUUCACCACAAGAGAGUCUGUCGUGGAGUUCAUGAACACGCUGUUACAGCACAAGUUCUUCCACCGGGCCAAGAAGAUCAUUGUGACCAAGCCCAAGAAGAAAAAGGACGACGAUGACACAGGAGGUGGCACACCUAAAGCCACCAGGGAGAAGAAGAAAAAGGACGAAGCAGAUGGCUCUGCCUCCAAGGAAGGAGCUGAAGAGAAAAAGGAGGUAGAAGAAAUCAAGAAGAAGCUCAAGUUGGACAUGCAUUUGGACCAGUAUUUUGUGGAUGCCAACGAGCCGUACGUGUGGAUAUAUGAUCCAGUGCCACUGAGAACAUGGAUUAUUGGGACAUUACUGGUGGUGGGAGCUGUGGCUGUGUGUCUGUUCCCCCUGUGGCCACGAACAGUGCGGGACUACGUCUACUACCUGAGCAUAGCCACUGCAUUCCUUUUAGGCAUCAUCAUCUCCCUUGCUUUCUUCCGUCAAGUGCUGUUUGUGAUCAUCUGGGCAUGCACGCUCGGCCGGCACCACUUCUGGCUGCUGCCCAACCUGACCGAGGAUGUGGGCUUCAUGGAGUCCUUCUGGCCCAUCUACCAGUACGAGUACAGGGGCCCUGGCAGCAAGGACAGCAAAGCAAAAGAUAGCAAAGCCAAGAAGAAGAAACAGGACGACGAUGACGGAGGUGGCGGCGCCGGAAAAGGGGACCACUCGGCAAGCGAGGACUCUGAGGAGAAGCGGUCCUCGGAUCACAACGGCGGGCAGGGAGAUAGCAACGGCUUCGAGCUCGUCGACAAUCCCGUCGAAGAUGAAGGCGGCAAGAAGAAGACGUCUUGAUGUGGUGGGAGCCACCCUGCUGGCUGGGUGGGCUGGAAUGGGGACGAAAGGGGGGACAGCGUCGACACGAAAAGCUUGAAAAGUUCGCCAUGACAGCAGGCUCGUAUUGUCUACGGACAAUGAAAUGCUCCGCUCAGCUGCACUGACGCACACCGUACCGUAUAUGCUUGUGUCCUUCUGGACCUUGUGUCUCAAUUUUGAUACUGGAAAUUUGCUGAAGGAAGGAAAGAAAGCAGUUGUUCUUCUGUGGCAUUACAGGUCUCUGUGAUCGUAACUCUACAAGGUAGAUUUCCUAGUUCUGGUUUUUCCUUUUCUUGUUUACAACUGCAGGCAGUUUAGGGGAAGUCAGUUAUGUCGUGAAGGCACCAGCGAAGUUUCUAAUGAAAUGGAGUUGCUCUGGUUGGCAUUGUGUCAUUAUGGAACAUGGGUUUGCUAGUGUUUUGCACUCACGCUGCUAAGUUUUCUUUUGUGGCAGCAAGUGUCUCAUACGUGAGCUAUGCCCUAUUGGUACGGUAGUUACGGUACUGGUAUCAUUAAGUUGAACAGCGUGCUAGUAUGAAAGGUUUCACAGUUUUGUCAUUGAUAACCUGGUUUGGUGUGUCCUUAGCAUAAAUUGUUUGCUAUAAACACUCUUUUACCAAAUGUAAGUGCCACUGGUGACAUGUUUGUGUCUGUGCGAGUCAUGUCACACAGACAGCAACACAAUAAGAAUGCAGCAGCAGCACAAUAGGAAUGAACAGUGCACCAUUUGGGCAUUGGUUUCGUUAAUCUCUUUUUGGCUGACCAUUGUGGGCAUUUCUUGCAAGCUUUUUAAAGAAACACCCCUUUUAAUUUUUGUGUGCAUUGUGGUGAAUAUCUUCACAGCAGCUAAUGAAUCUUCCUCUGAAUAGCAUAGGUGUCACAAUGCUGAGAAAAAAAGUCCAAUCAGUACAUGUCUCACAUUUCAAGGCCGUACAGAACUUGUAUUUUGGUCCGCUUGUGCUGGCAUGUGCGGUAUGGUAAAUGUGGCGAUAAAGGUGGCUUUUGUGGUGGUUGCACUGGUCUCCAUUUUCUUCCCUGGUAUGAGCUUUAACACCGUUUUUUGCUUUCUCACUUUGUACGUUUCCUUUCCCCCCCUCCCCCUUCUUUUUGUAUCAUGCGCCGUUGUCCAAAGCAGCAUUCUGAGCUUUUUUUUUUUUUUUUUUUCUUUUUUCGUGUUGCUGAUGUUUGCCCUGUUUGACAAUCGACCAUGGCUUGGUCACUAGGAACAAAGUUGUCACAAAACCUUUUCUACCUGUCAGGGCAACAAAAAAGCACAUUUGAAGCACUGGAAUUUUCCUUACAUUUAGAUAUUUUGUGGCCUUAAACUCAUUUAAAAGGUAGCUAUUAUCACUAGACUAUAGCUUCUAUUUGCUUUAUUUUUGUGCACUUUUCAUUUUUCAUUUUGGGUCUUCGUGUAAACGCAAGUGUACCUUGUAACCUGGUUCAUUUUUUAUUAUCCGAAACCACAUGAAAUAGUUUCUGUGAAUGUGAGCAGCUGUUCCAUUUUCUGCCUGUUUUCAGAGGGUCACGUCGAGAAAUACAUACUCUCAAAGUCAUUGCACAUUUGCUGCGGCUGCCACUAUGCUUGUAUAGUUGCUGGCGGUGACAUCCAGCUCUUACAUUGUUCUUACACCGGCUUCUGUCGGCUGGGGUCGCGUAGGAACUUUCAGGUGAAAAGUGAAAGAACACAAGUAGACAUUUCAAGUUCUGUGCUACUUGAACCAGAACUGGGGCACUUGGAGAUUUGCUUUUACCUGCGCAUCUUCGAAAUUUCUACAUGCAUGCAAAUGUUGCUAAUGAAAUUUGAAGAGUAAUUUCUCUUUUUCUCUCUUCUAAUCUGGGACCUUAACAAUGUUGCUCACGUGACCUUUUGGACAGUAUAUAGAGCUUGAAUGCUAUUGCUUAUAAUGAAUAGUGCUUUUGUGAAAAAAUGCUACAGAGGGAGAAACUGCUUUUUUCUUAAUUACGUGUGCUAGAAUUACUUUCUCUGCUUUGCCUGUUGGCUGCAAGUCUGCAAUUGUCUGCCUUGGCUCAAACAGGUGGUUGCUGUUCCUUUGCAGUGCACAGAAGUUACUUUCUUCCCUCUUUUUUGAGGUUGCUUUGCUGAUGCACACUAAUUUAGCCUCAUGAAUUCCAGCAGCUUGCAGGCAUAAAUGACAGUACAUAUUUGCAACUAAUACAAGCUCUCUUGUGAUCUGUUUUGUGGGCAAGCAUUGACACCCUCUCCACUGUGGUGCUAGGCUGUAUACCUAUUCAGCGUUGGUUACUGAAAUACAAUUGUCAUUGCUCUUUUUGCCUCUACUCAUAUUACCAUAUAAAAAAGCAUUGAGAAGAGCUUUGUAAUAAUAAGCAUUUCCAUUUUGUCCUAUGGUGUACGUUUCAAGCUACUACUGGAGCCAGUCCUUUCACUGCCUCAUUACUGCCAGCUUGCAAUUUCUGGUGGCUCUUGCAUCCUUCUGUUUGAGUCGCCUUGUUGCACGUCAGCAAAUGCAUUCUUCUAGGUCGUCUAAAAAUUUUUAAUGUUGCAUUACAAAGGGUUUCCAGCAGGUACGGUGCGCACUAUUAUAGGCAGGAUUGGGCUAUUUGUUGUGUUCAGCAGUGGAUGUAUCGUGCAGCUUAGACUUGAUUGAUUGUGGUGUAGUCAUUUUCUGUGCAGAGGAUGCUAUAAUAUGUUUUAACAAGUAUGUUUCUGAAAAUAUGUAUGUACUCAGUGUAAUCUUGUUUGGUUACAUUAUCAUUCUGUUUUGUCACACUUGGACACUAACACAAUUCAAAAAAAGUUAAGUAAUCACAGUCAGUUGCUGCAGCCUGACUCUUGUAACCAUAAUUAUUACACGUAACAAUAUUAUGAUAGCAUUGCCUAUUUUCUGGGAGAAAAUUCUCUUGCCACUCAUAUGCAAUGGACUUGUCAUUUAAAUGAUGGGCUUUUUUUUUUUUUUUUUGCAUCCAUAGCAUCUAUUCUCAUUUGAAUUUGAUGGUGUCUUCGAUACGCUGGUGAUAUAUGUAGCACAAAUUGAUGCACCCAGUAUUUAACAUUUCUUUCUCAGCCACUAAGUGUUUAGAAAGCCAGAGAAAGAGGCCAGCCUCUUGUGCAAUGUGUGUGGGCUGGUGGUGUGCUCUGGAAAAAUAGAAAUUGGCACAAAACGUCUUUUCUUUUUAUUUCACUCCCUGGGCAUUCCUUUUACACAUUUACCAUGGCAAGUCACUUUCUAAGCCUCGGAGCACUGGCAUUAAGGAGCAACGACGUGUCGAGCAUAAUGUAUACUUGAAUAAAAUGUGUACAUAUA